AUGACUGAACCCGAAGAAAAAAAUGCUGAUGGCGAAAAGGAGAAAAAAGUUAAACUCCCGGACGAGGGGGGGGAGGAUGAACAAGGGGAAGGUGAAGCGGGCCGAAAAAAAAUGAAAAGGUUCCAGCUGCCCAAUUUACCGCGAUGGUGGCAGGCGAAAAUCAUACAAUACGCCUUCGCGCAUCCACAUGUCCGGGCACGCCUGGAAAAACAUAUGGGUUCGAACCUUGUGAAGCUGACGGAUAAAUCUUACAUGACAGAACUGGAAGAGCGAAUCCGUGCAGUCAAUGAAGAAGGUCUCAACAAGAGAAUCUCUGCGAGAGUCCGGUAUCGUCUUACGUCUGGUUUGCUGAACCUUGGUCACUAUAUUUGGCAAACUGGCGACGCAACUGUCGAAGAGCUCUACGCACUCGCAGAUAAGAUCAUUGGAACGAAACGUCUGUAG